ACACGGCGCCAUAUUAGAUAGACAUUAAAUUGUUGCGGGCAAAGUCAAGGAAGGGGAGCUGUAGUGUACUGGCAAAUGGUACCCUGGCCGCAGUGUUCAACUGGCAAAAUACUAGAGGUAACUGCUUUAUGGUUGACAAAUUAUCGAGUGAAACAUCUCGGGCAACGCUGUCCGAGACGUGUUUUUUCCUCGUUGUUUAGCCAACGCGCCGGCAGACAUGACUUCCUUGACUCAGAGGAGUUCGGGCCUCGUACAAAGGCGGACAGAAGCCUCGCGCAACGCCACUGAGAAAGACCGUCCGUCCGGCCAAGAGGACCAUGAUCCCCGGCGGGGAGACGAGCAGGACGACGAUGAUACGGGAGACUCCAAGGAAACACGGCUCACAUUGAUGGAGGAAGUGUUGCUAUUAGGACUAAAAGACCGAGAGGGCUACACCUCAUUCUGGAAUGACUGCAUUUCAUCAGGGUUGCGAGGCUGCAUGCUGAUUGAACUCGCUCUACGAGGACGCCUUCAGCUGGAGGCUUGUGGCAUGAGGAGGAAAGGUCUGCUGGCCAGGAAGGUGAUUUGUAAGUCAGAUGCUCCAACAGGUGAUGUGCUUCUGGAUGAAGCUUUAAAACACAUCAAAGACACUCAACCACCGGAGACCGUGCAGAGCUGGAUUGAACUGCUAAGUGGAGAGACGUGGAAUCCCUUGAAGCUCCAUUAUCAACUAAGGAAUGUCCGUGAACGGCUGGCCAAAAACUUGGUUGAAAAAGGUGUCCUCACUACUGAGAAGCAGAACUUCUUGCUUUUUGAUAUGACCACACAUCCUCUGACCAACAACAACAUCAAGCAGCGCCUCAUCAAGAAGGUCCAGGAGGCUGUACUGGACAAGUGGGUGAAUGACCCGCAUCGAAUGGACAAGCGACUGCUUGCGCUCAUUUUCUUAGCCCAUUCCUCUGAUGUCCUGGAAAAUGCCUUCGCGCCUCUUCUUGAUGAUCAAUAUGACCUGGCCAUGAAGAGAGUGCGGCAGCUGCUGGAACUGGAGCCUGAGGGAGAGAGUAUGAAGGCCAACACAAAUGAGCUGUUGUGGGCUGUAGUGGCUGCUUUCACUAAAUGAGGCUACCAAAAAUAGGACAGCAAACAAUUUUUGCAUUCAAGUGGCAUUGUGCUUUGGGGUAAGAAUCAGAGUACUAGCCCCAACAUGGUGACUUGACUUUUUGUUUACUCCUAUCUGGACUUUUGGAAUGGGCUACCCUCUUUUCUCCCUCAUUGUUUUCCUUCCAGUUAACUGUCCUUGUUGAUCCUUCAUGGCCCUGUUUCUCCCAUGUGUCAUUUAUGUGUUCACUUUUGCUAAAAAUAAUAACUCUCUCUGAACUUUGAAUGAAGUGGUUGGUGAUGGGUGGAGCAGAAAUCAAAAUGCCGAUUCAUAUCCCCUUUAUUUUCUGUCAGGUUUUUAGAGGUACAAUAUAUAUGUCACAGGUUUCUUAAGAUAACAUUACACAAUAACCAACUGUGAUGUACAAACCCAUGUACAGACGAGUGAUGCUGAUGAAAGGUUAUCCAAUUAGCCAAUGAUCUUGGUGAGUUUUCUACCAAAUGUGAUUAAGUGUAUGGCUAUGAUUUACUUGGUGACACAGCAUUCUUGAAUUUCAUGUCCAGUCUUAGAAGACAGCUAACAGGAUCAAAUCCAAAAGUCUAAUACCUAGAACAGUGUGCUGCCAUUAACUAACUUUUUUUUUUAAACCUAAUUUCUGUAUUUUUCUAGGUGUAUACCUCUUAACUCAACCCAUCUAUUCAUCUAUAACAUAUAGCUGCUUAGCAUGUGCAGGGACACAAGAAACCAUCUCAUCGCACACUGUUGAAGGAGAGGGGCACAGCUACAUGUUGUCAGUUUAUCAUAGUCCUGACACAUAAAAAGGCAGCAAUUUGUACCAACAGGCAAUGUAGAGUUUACUUGACCUGCUUGUCUUUGGACUACGGAGAAAACCCCACAUGGUUGGGAAAAAUACAUAUUCUAGACAGAAAGGCUCCAGUUCCAAAGGGUUUCCUUACUUUGAAGCAACAGUGCCACUUAACAUUCCAUUCCUCCUAACCCUGUUGUGGAAAAUUGGUCCAGUGAAGAAGUGCUGACUUGUAUGACUUUUUUAUCAGUUACUUAGACUUAAUCCCCAGUGAAUAUGUGACGAAUUAUUCAAGCGAAAAGUCAAGUCAAAAGCAAGUUGAAACAUGGUGAAUGUUAUUAAACUGACUCAGUUAGUACAUUGUGUAGAAAUACUGCUGGCAUAAUGCAAACUUGUCAUCCAAAUGUGUAGAAAUGCUGCGAGAGAAAUGAUGGCCAUCAAUGGAGGGAUAAUUAUAUCUGCUAAAUAUCAAUCAACCACUCUAAAAUGAGGAAGUAAAAACAGUUCAUACUAUUGUAAAUGUGCUGUGGCUAGUAUUUUUUGAUUUAAAAAGAAGUAUACAGUACAUUUUGGUUGUGGAAACACUAGAUGCACCAUUAUAUGUGCGUAUCUAGUAUGGCCCUAAAAUGUGUCAUUUAUAGGAUUUGAGGUGGUAUCAAAUAAAAAAACCUUGUCAUCAGUGUUGGCUAAUACUACUGUCAAAAUAUAUAUUGUUUUUAUUUUUGCUAUAUAUUUUAUUGGCAGGAACAAACUCAGGAAAGCAGACCAAGUCAUUGUCAGCUACCUCUGUUAGCAAAUGUCAAAUGGAAAUAUUGAGUUUUUUUUCCACUUAUCAGUAGAUUUGAAUAAUAUUAAAAAAUAAGUAUUCCACAGGGCUUAAUGCAGGAUAAAUGUAUUAAUGAUGAUUUUCUCCUCUUUCCAAGUUUGUAUGAGCUACCCAGAUUGGUUAAACAACAAUAAAACAUCUUUACAUCUUUUACAUUUAUAGUGAAACAGACUCAUCUGAAGAUGAAUAUUUUUCCACUCCCUCUCCUCUACAGUGACAGGUCUAGGAGAUGUUCAGUCACUUUAAAACAAACUGGAUCAAACAUGAACUUAUACCAGUGCUCCUUCAAACAAAACAAACUAAAGUACAAAAAAGCCUAAAUGGUUUCAUAUACCUAAUAGUAUAUUUGGGGAUUUUUUUGUAUGUUUACAUACAGAAGUAUAAAAGAUAUAUUUCAAGGAAAUUUGGAGAUACUUCUUCACCAAAGCUUGCUGUUGGCAGUGACUCCAGGCAGCAUCUCAGACAUCAUCAUUACCCUGCACAAACCCUGUUUUUCAACUGCUUUCUUGAAUCAGAUGACUGACCAGCUAGCUAACGAUAUACAACAUGGAAAUCAGAUGGCUUCACCUUUUCAAAGGUGCAAUAUUUCCUUUUUAAUGGAGCUAGUUUAGCAACUUCUCCCUGCUUCCAGACUUUUAUGCUAAGCUAGGCUAAACUUGUCAUACCGAUCAUAGCAUUAGAUGGACAGAGCUUUAAAUAGAUUUAAGUCUUCUCAUGUAUGUGUUAGCUUGAUGGCAGACAAGUGCAUUUCCCAAACUGUCAGCUUUAAUAUGCAGACAGCCUUACUGUGCAGUUACUUGUAAGUGCUCUCAAAAUAAAUCAAUUGUAUUUAGAAAACUUGAAAAAUCUGAUGGAUUAUUUAAUUCACUCACUAAAAUCUGAUCAAAAGAUUGAUUUACAUUCCAGAUGUUUAUGUAUGUACUUAUGUAUCUGUAUCAGGAACAGAUUCAAUUGACCUUUGUCAGAAUUGCUUUUCAAAAUUGUCAUGGUUCAACUGCACUUUCAAAAUGUACGAAACAUUCAACAAAGCCUUUUCAACAUGAACUGUACCUUGUUCUUAAUUUCAUCUUGCCUCAGUUUCAUGAAUUUUGUUUUCACAUUUGUUAACUGUUCUGUUCUAACACACUUAGUACUCAGCCUCAUGGAUCUUGUGAAAGAUGUUGCUUUAUUCUGAUACUGUAUGUAGCAUAGGGCUGAAAGUGAUUGGUCAGUGAUUAUGGAUGAAGGGAAGAGGGAUAAAGAGUUUUUUGCAUUAGAAAAUCACUUCAAGUUGCAGAGUAAAUAUGAGAGAUUAUCAAUGUUAUCUAAAUAAAGGGACCUCUAGUUUGUGUACUUUCUUUGACCCUAGAAAAUAAACAAGAGCUUGGAAGUGCCUAAUCACA